AUGGUGGGAUAUCCGCUUCCAGCGACCGCGCACGGAUUGGAAUUUUGCCAGCACGACGAAGUCGACUGGCGAUGGUACGCGGACGGCGAGAUCGUCGGCCAAGGGCGCGUGUACACGCCCACAAAAGAGGAUUUCGGUAAAAGAUUAGCGGUUGAGGCUUUGGACGAGAGGUUUGAGUUUACGAACGUUGUGACGCGGCUGGGCGUUGAUCGGUCGGAGGCGUUGCGACGGUUGGAGCCGAGCGCCGAGACGUCGGCGGAUUAUCGUAUCAUGACGUACAACGUGUUGGCCGAUGCGUACGCGCACACUUGGGGAACGAUGUUUCCUUACUUUGACACGGCGUUGGCUAAAGUGGAACGACGCUUGCAGCUAGUAUUGGAAGAUAUCUUACGAUCAAAAGCCGACGUCGUGGCGCUACAAGAAGUGGACAAGAAGUACCACGAAACGUUGUUCGUGCCCGUACUCACUGCAAACGGAUAUAUCGCGACAGAUUGGGUCGGUAAGAGCGGUCAGACGUUGGAAGGAUGCGCGAUGUUCUUCGCAUUGAGCAAGUUUGAAAGCAUCGAGCGCGAAGAAGCGAUCAAACUCACGGAAAUCGGAGACAAAGCUUUGCGGCGCUGGAUCGCGGAUGACGAUAACGCAGAGUUGGCUAUGGCUCUCAAAAAGAUCACGUCCAUUGCGCAGCUCGCGCGCGUGAAAGUACGCGCGAGCGGCAAGUCGUUGUGCGUCGGUAACACUCACUUAUUUUUUCACCCAGGGGCGAUGCACUUACGAGUCUUGCAAGCUCACGAAUUUACGACUCGGGCAACGGCGUUCGCCGCCGGCGAUCCACUCGUAUUGUGCGGCGAUUUUAACGGUGAGCCUGAAGAUGGCGUCAUCAGAUAUCUCACCAAAGGCGAGAUUUCCGCGAGUGACGAGGAUUGGGUUCGUGGUAGUCUAUUUCGCGCGGUCCCGAUCGGCUGUGGCGCACACUUGCGAACCGCGCGACCACUGUUCUCUGCCGGUGGAUUCCUCGAAUGGACGAAUUACGUCGGCGGAUUCGUCGGCGCGUUGGACUACGUGUGGUGUUCGACGAGCGAUUUCGCGUCGCGCGCCACAUCGCCGCUCCCCGACAUGUCCGCCGUCCUCGCGCACACCGCGUUACCAAACGCGCAAUUUCCAUCAGACCACAUCCCCGUGAUCGUGGACGUCGACUUAGUUAACUAG